AUGAUGCAAUCAUAUUACGGUCACGUUAGAACCCAGCAAGACGCUAUUCUUCUGUUUGAAGCAUGUAGACAGGGUCUAAUUCCCCGGAUUCGACGUCGCUUGUCUGAAAGAGAGAGGUUCCAGAUCACCUCUGGAUGUGUAUAUAUUUGGGAUGAACAAGAAGCAGGCAUGCGACGAUGGACUGACGGAAAGUCUUGGAGUGCCAGUCGUGUAAGUGGUGCGUUUCUGACUUACCGAGAAAUGGACGGGUCUAGACGACCGUCGAGUCCUGAUGGAAAGCAAUCAGAUUCUGCUGAUGGAUCUCCUCAGGGCAGUUCCCCACAAAUGAAGAAACGAACGAAAUUCUGGGAUAAUGAUGUUUCCGUUUCGUCAUCCACACCUGCCUCGAGUUCUGCUUCUGAUAGUGGCUCUGGCAAUGGGUCGGAGGAAGGCUAUCGGUAUAAACCAAAUGGUCUUUAUAAACAAAGCUUUUCCAUCACCACAUCAUCCAACUUAAAAUUGCAUCUUAUCAGUUACUACCGAAAAGAGGAUAUAAUAUCUGGCAAAUUAGUCCAACCUACAUCAGAUCCUCGUAUAAAAGACCUGCCUAUUCCCCUCAACCUAUAUCCUGACACGUCUCCUGGAGUAUCACUUAUUCCUGCCAUCACUAAUGCCCCAUUAGUGGGUCGCCAUCAAAUGCCCACUGCUGACGGGAUCAAAGAUCCAAUGGGCAUUCUUGUUAAGAACGAGAGUUUCCCUCAGAAUGGAAAUAACCACAAUGGCCUCCAGAAAACUGGCGGCUUUGGCGAGCUAACGGGCUCUCCCACUCCCCAGUAUUCUAAUUUUGCAUCUUCGACAAGUACUAUGCCACCCUCACCAUCAGGUGUCCCACCAAACACCAUGGUAGUUCAUAAUGGUCCAGAGGCUCAGUAUUACCAACAGGCUACACCACCAGCAGGUCCCUAUAUCCUCCAUCCUCAACAACAACCUUUGACAUACCACAACCCCUCUCAACCACCACAUGUCCAAGUGCUUUCACCACCAGACCAACAGCCACAACCACAACCACAACCACAAUCCCAACAACAGGGUCCUCAACUACCACUACCUCCACCACCUCCUCAACAACAACCACAACAAUCGCAGCAACAACAAUUACCACAAAUACAGAUACAUCAACAGCAGCAGCAAAUGUCGCAAAGACUGCCAGGACCACCUCAACCACCUGCAGGCCACCCACCCCCUUCGACAUCACCACGCCCAAUGCUUCCUCUUGGUAGUCCAUUUAACGGAACACAACCCGUUCUCAAUACCUCAUCGCUCACCAGAUCCGACAUGCCCCACGGACUGGGCCCAGCCGCCCAAUUUGCCGAAGAUAGAAGAGUCAUCAACAUCCUGGACAAAGCAUUAAUCAUCUAA